UCCCCAGCACUUUGCUGUGUCCUUUGUUCUCGGCUAUAGCAGAGAUGUCUGGUCGUGGUAAAGGCGGAAAGGGCUUGGGAAAGGGCGGCGCAAAACGCCAUCGUAAGGUUUUACGAGAUAACAUCCAAGGCAUCACGAAACCGGCCAUCCGACGCCUCGCUCGGCGUGGCGGAGUUAAACGUAUUUCCGGACUCAUCUACGAAGAGACUCGCGGGGUCCUGAAAGUGUUUUUGGAAAACGUGAUUCGCGACGCGGUCACCUAUACGGAGCAUGCUAAGCGCAAGACCGUCACGGCCAUGGACGUUGUCUAUGCGCUUAAGCGCCAGGGGCGCACUCUUUACGGUUUCGGCGGCUAAAUCUAAAUUCAUAGUUAAGUUUCAAUGGCAAUGCUAAAGGCCCUUUUCAGGGCCACCUAUCUACUCACUGAAAAGAGCUAACCACUUAACUAGUGUUUUUUUUUUCUGCUAUCUUUAAUAUAUCUAAACUGCUGGCCCCUAUAGUUUCCAAGGCUUAAGUAGUAUCUUAGCUCUAUUGGUGGCGUAGUAGUUGACACAAUAGCUGCAAACCAAAGGUCGGUGAUCUAAACCCACCGUCAGCAACACAGGACAGAUGUGGCAGUUUAACUUUCAUAAAUAUUUCGGCCUUGAUUGCCCUAUAGACCAUUCUGUCACAUAAGAGGAAACCCGGGUCGCUUAGUGGUUAAGUGCUACAGCUGCUAACCAAGAGGUCUGCAGUUCAAAUCCACCAGGCGCUCCUUGAAAACGAUGGGGCAGUUCUACUCUGUCCUAUAGGGUCCCUAUGAGUCGAAAUUGACUCGACGGCAGUGGGUUUUUUUUUUUGUCACAUUAGAUCGCUAUAAAUCGGAAUCACUGACUAGCAAUGGGUUUUUUAAGCUUCCAAAAUAUUGGAAAUAAAUGUUAAAUUUAAGCAAUGUAGUGUUGGGGAUUUUAUACCUUACUUGUCGAGCAAGAAAUAGUCCCUCGUGUUUUUUGCAAUAUAUACAUUCUUCGUAAAGUCAUCGAUCUUGAUAACAGUUUCUUUCCUGGUUGUUUAGGUUCUCCUUAAACCGGUUACGGAGUUGGUUCUGACUGACGGCGACUCCAUGUAUAAGAAUACAGCUGCUCCAUAGCCUUUUCACGGGCUGAUUUUUCAAACAUCAAGAGCGCCGUUCCUUUCUUCAGAGGUGCCUUUGCUAGACUCGAAUGACCAACCUUUUCGUUAGCACCCAGGUGUGUUAACCGUUUGCACCACUCAGGGAUUCCACAGAAUUCUUUACCCUCACCUCACAUAAAUACAAUCCGGUGAAUUUUAUUUUCUUUCUACUAAUCUAUUAGUUGCAUGCAUUAAAAGAUGUGGCGUACUUCCGUUUUUCUCAAAAUUUGAAUAUUCUACUGGGAAACAAUUUUGGGGUAAUAACUGAUCCAUUAGAGGCUAUUCAACUGUCACUUAAUAAAAAACAUUUAAACAAGUGUUUGUCCUCCAGGUGGGCAGCCCAAGGGAAAGGGGGAGAAUGAGAGAAGCUCAGAAGGACUGUGGAAAGUGAUGGCCACCGUGAGCAGGCCUCGCUGGCACAUACAGGCUUAUCUUCUCUCCCUCUCCCUUAAAGCAUUAAUAGUUACAUAAUCUAAGCUGACUAAUAUUAUUUUUUAAUCCACAAAGAAUUAGGGGUUUGUCUAGUCUUAUCACAUCUGGUCUCAUAAUCCAUUAUAAAAGCAAAGGCUUUAAUCAUUCAUCUCUCAAACUUGGUUUAUGAUGCUCAGUUAUAAACCCAGAAAAAGAGCUACACAGACAUUGAGCCCUGUCCUGGGACUCAGCCACACUGAAGAAUUUCUCAUCAGUCACUACUUGCAAAGAAAAAGAAAAAAGGCACUAAAGUACUGACCAGACUGUCCUCAGUGUCUUGGCUUCUAUAUGAGGUCACAGGCAGCAGCUUACUUAAAAUCAGGUCAAGGUAUUCGCCCUGCUCUUACCUCUAACAAAGAUUUCUGACCGAAGGUUAAUCAGUCAGGGUACU